AUGGCAUCGAGAGUUUGCCUGAAGGGGAAGCACCACAUGGGGAACCCCAUGUGGUAUCCCAUGUCGCAUCUCAUAGGGAACCCCAUGUGGUGUCCCGUGUCGUAUCUGAUAGGGUAUCCCAUGGGGUCUACCAUGUCCUGCUUCAUGUCGCAGAAGCGAUCGAUGCCCGGGCGUUUCCUGCACACAGCUAGAUGCUGUUUGGCAUUUGGAUCGCAUCUAUUGGCACUUUGUCGAUAUUCUUCGGAAUCUCCUCGAGAUCGGCUUUACACAAAAGAACAUGAGUGGGCCAUGGUCUGCGAUGAAAGCCCCUCUUCUUCACACCCUUCGCGCAAAAUCUUUACCGUCGGCAUUACUGAUGCUGCACAGAAAUCUUUGGGCGAUAUUGUCUUUGUCGACUUCCCCACAAUUUCUCCUGGGGAUGUAGUGCAUGCUAAUGAUGUUCUGGCCAUCGUUGAGAGUGUUAAAGGCGCCAGCGAUGUCUUUUCCCCGAUUUCCGGAACAUUCUCAUCGUUCAACGAGAGUUUGAGGGAAAAGCCCAAAACCAUCAAUAGAGCACCAUAUUCUGAGGGUAGCUGGAUUUGUAAAAUAGAAGUCGACGCUGACGCUUCGCAUGCAAGCGAGCAUUUACUUUCUUCCGUGCAGUAUGACAAAUACUGUAACGGCUAA